GUAGUGGAUGAUGGGAGGUGGGGCCUGCUGAAGUGCUGUGUAACGCUGAAGGUUGAGAGUGAUUUCCUUUUGCCGCCGUCAUGCCGGAUUACCUGGGAAGUGACCAGCGGAAGGCCAAAGAGGAAUCCAAAGAGGAGGAGAAGCCGAUCCGAGCACUCGAUGAAGGGGAUAUUGCCCUCCUGAAGACUUAUGGUCAGAGUACCUAUUCCAGACAGAUCAAGCAGGUGGAGGAUGAUAUCCAACAGCUUCUCAAGAAAAUUAACGAAUUGACUGGUAUCAAGGAGUCUGACACUGGUCUGGCUCCUCCAGCAUUGUGGGACCUAGCAGCAGACAAACAGACUCUUCAAAGUGAGCAACCUUUGCAGGUUGCAAGAUGUACAAAGAUCAUAAAUGCAGAUUCUGAAGAUCCCAAGUACAUCAUUAAUGUGAAGCAGUUUGCAAAAUUUGUGGUUGACUUAAGUGACCAAGUGGCUCCCACUGAUAUUGAGGAAGGAAUGAGAGUUGGUGUGGAUCGAAACAAGUACCAGAUACAUAUUCCACUGCCACCAAAGAUUGAUCCUACUGUUACCAUGAUGCAGGUGGAAGAAAAGCCAGAUGUUACCUACAGUGAUGUGGGUGGUUGCAAAGAACAGAUUGCAAAAUUGCAAGAGGUUGUGGAAACUCCUUUACUACAUCCGGAGCUUUUUGUAAACCUUGGUAUUGAACCACCAAAAGGAGUGCUGCUAUUUGGACCACCUGGAACUGGCAAGACUCUCUGUGCACGAGCUGUGGCUAAUAGGACAGAUGCUUGCUUCAUUAGAGUGAUAGGAUCAGAACUGGUGCAGAAGUACGUUGGAGAGGGUGCUCGAAUGGUUCGUGAACUUUUUGAGAUGGCCAGAACAAAAAAGGCGUGUUUGAUAUUCUUUGAUGAGAUUGAUGCAAUCGGAGGUGCUCGUUUUGAUGAUGGUGCUGGUGGUGACAAUGAAGUUCAGCGUACAAUGCUGGAGCUUAUUAACCAACUUGAUGGUUUUGAUCCCAGGGGUAACAUUAAAGUAUUGAUGGCCACAAACAGGCCUGACACCUUAGACCCAGCUCUGAUGAGACCUGGACGUUUAGACCGGAAAAUUGAAUUUAGUUUGCCAGAUCUUGAGGGCCGAACUCACAUUUUCAAAAUCCAUGCACGGAGCAUGAGUGUGGAAAGAGACACGAGGUUUGAACUGCUUGCUCGAUUAUGUCCAAAUAGUACGGGAGCUGAGAUCCGUAGUGUUUGCACUGAAGCUGGAAUGUUUGCUAUCAGAGCUCGCCGAAAAAUUGCCACCGAGAAAGACUUCUUGGAAGCUGUGAAUAAAGUUAUUAAGUCAUAUGCCAAGUUCAGUGCUACCCCAAGAUACAUGACCUAUAACUAAUUCAGCUUUGAAUUUUGUCAGUGACUGUAAUAUUUGCAUUUAUUAGCCAACUGUGCUUUUGAUUAGUUGUAAAAGUGAUUGUUUUGAUGAUCCUUAAAUGUGUUUAAUAACUUAGUUAAAACCAAGUUCCAGUAGAAAUAAAGAAUUAAUCCACUUGUCUAAUUAAGCACUUUUUGCAAUCUAAUUUGUAGAAGAAUUUUGCACAGGGUGUACACAUUUAAUAUCCUAGCAUCCUUCUGGGUCACUCGAUAAUACACAAGCCUUUAAAUGUGAAGAUUUGUGCCCCAUACUGGGUCUUGAGCAUUAUUGCAAAGGUAAUGUAGUGUCACCUUUUGAAUUAGACACUAAAUAAGUCUCCUUUUUCAUGCAAGUAUUGCUCCACAUUCCAGCAUCUGCUGUCUCUUGUGUCUCCUUUUUCAGGUGGAUGUUGAAACAAAACCUAUUCAAAGAACAGUCGAGUUAUCCUGUGUCCUAGACAUAAUUCCCAUUGCAAAAAUCAGAUUAAUCAAUCAUUCAAUUGAGCCCUGGUUGCAAGAAAAUUGACUACCACAUUGGACUAUCGAAUAAAUUUAUUGGUGCUGAAGCACGUUGGUCAUUAGCACAAAAUCAAAAUUUAAAUUAAAAAAAACAGCAUAACAAAUCCAAUUGUACCUUAGAAUUCCUGCAAUCAUAAUUAAUUUUGGAAUUUGCUAAAAUUAGGAAUGUUGCUGUUUGAUUUAGAGGGAAUAAUUCCUGGCUUGUAAUUAAUCUGAAUAUCCUUGAAAAACAAAAUCAAAUUUGAGGAUAAUUAACAUCUUUCCAUGUAGACAAAUUAUGUAAAAUUAUAAUGACAUUUCAUAAGCACAGAUGUUAUACCAAGCUCUUACCAGACCACUUGGAUUAACAAUUUGGUUUAUUUUUGAUUUCCUUGUUUUUCCAAGUGCAAGGCAAACCAAUCUAACAAUAGAAUAUGGAUAUCACUAAUAUGAGGCCCAUUUCUUUGGGCAUCUUGGGUAGAUACCUAAAGCAGUCACAGUAAAAACAGAAAAUGCUGGGGCUGCAUAGUGGGUCAGAGAAUUAAUGUUUCUGGUUUAUGACCGUGCUUUACAAAAAGAGGUAAAUUAAAAAUCAAGUUUUAAGUUGCUGCCAAAGAAAGAGGAGGAGAAAGCAAAAGGGAAUUUCUAUGAUAGUAACAAGGUAAAAGAGACAAACCAAAACCCUACUGGAGAAAGGAGCAGAACUUUUCAAGAUGGGUAUCCCUGGAAGAGAAGCAAGAGUGAAUUAAAUAGCAAACCAAAUGCUGAAUACUGCACAUACUGCAAAUCUGAAAUAAAAACAGAAAAUGAUGAUACUCUGCAUGUCAGGCAGCAUCUGUGGAGAGGAAACAGAACGGAUGUUUGUGGUGAAUAUCCUUUCGUCAGCUGCACACUGAUAUUUUCCUAAGAUUUUUAUGUAUUUGGGUCAAUACUGUUCUGAUGAAUGUUGCUAUAGCCUCUUGCUGCUUUGGAGGGAUUAACCAGCAGAUGUCACUGCUGAUUAGCGUAUUUGAGAGAUUUUCAUUGAGUAAGUUUUUUUCCAGCUUUAGCAGCUUGUCCUAUACAUUUAAAGAAUUUUUAGUUUGUGUAAUUUCAAUAAGUACUAUAAUUUUGCCAUAUAUGCCAUAAUGGAAUGACAUCUGGAGUGGAAAGGCUAAAAUUGUUACAACAGCUAAAUGUGCAACUGAGUGGAUGUUUCAACCAGAGCAGUUAUGGUUAGUCGACAGCACAGGCAGUCUAAGAAAGUGGUGAGGCAAGACCGUUUCUAACAGUGAUAACAUGCCUGUUCCUGUCACUAAGGGUAUUAUGAAGAUGGGGAAGAGGUGGGGUGGGUUGGGGCUAUGCCAAGUCCAAUAGGGCAGUAGAAAUGGAAGAGUGGUUGAUGGCUGGGAUGAUGAAAAUGGUUUGAAGGGAAGUGGAAGCCAUCCCCACUGUCAACUAGUAUAGGGGCUAGGAAAAGAGCUUAGAGGAGUUAGAAGAGAUAAUGACUGAGCAGAAAGGUGUGUUAAUUUAUUAUUGGCUUUCAUGGUAAUUUUGGAAUAGGGGAUGGUUUUGGCUGAAGAGAACCAACCUUCUCAUGGUUAUGACAGGAAUGUGGAAGGUGCACUUGAAUUUGGAACCUUGUAUUUGAGGAAACAGUGUUGGAGGUUGUACCAAUUGCAUAGCAGGCAGAAAGCCCCUGAUAUUUUGCUGAAGCAAAGGCUUUAAGUGUAGAGGGAAUGCCUGAGUAAAAUAACAAUAGCAGAGAGCCAGAACUUGGAAAUACCACAAUAGGGAGAGUUUCCAUGAGCAGUUGGUCAUGUGUUUGUGUUGGAAGAGGGUAGGAAAAUGAUAAUGGUCAGGAAAAUGACAAAGUAGUCAAAGGUAGUCAAUGCAGAUGGAAUUUGAGUGUAGAGGUUACAGCAUGAGGAGGGGUGAGGGGAAGGUGUGACUGACUAGGAGCUAAAAUGAGGGUUGAUCUCAUUGGGAAUAAAAAGCCUCUCAAGAUGCAAGCUACUUUGGUGUGACUGGAGCAUGCAAUAACAAGGGUUUUAGAUGAUGUGUCAACUUGGAGAUGAGUUUCUUGCAGAGUGGAAAAAGUACCAGUGGAAUGGUUUCCUUUCACAUCCCAGAGGACAGGCUGGUUGUUGGGUUAAUUGGCUAUUGUAAAUCACCCCUAGCAUGGGUGGCUGGUAGUACAAUCUGAGGUGUUGAUGGAUGUGUGUGAACAGAGUGAUUUACCAGGAAAUAAGCGGGGAAUAGGAUUGCUCCGAGAGUUAGUAUCAACUCAAUUGACCAAAUGGCUGCCUCCUAUUUAAUAAGAAGAAUUGAGAAUGUUGCAUAAAUAUGGCACCUACGGGACUUAGAGACAAAUGUCUUUUUACUCUUGCAAAAUAAUUUUAAAAUUAAAAAUUGGUGCAUCCACAUCCCAUAAUCAAUAUCAAAUAAUAUUUUAUGUGGAAACGUUUGUUUUGACAGUAUAAAUCUCCCUAGAAAUAAAAGGGUGAAUUAUGGACAAAGCAUUUUUUAAUAUGUUCCAGCCUAUUAUGCAGAUGUUUCUGAGAUAAUAGUUUCAAAAAAUAUUAAUUUGAGAGAUUUAAGACGAUCAGGAAUGAAACCAUUUUGUAUGAUUGCAGAAAUAAAUUUUCAAGUUGCAGCCAGAGUAGGAAGAAAUUUUUUUUGUAGGGAUAAAUGUUUAUUUCACAAUUUCAUAAUUUCUGUUGUAGGAAUACAAAAAUGAUAGGCCCAAGGUAUUCAAAAUUGUGUGGUAAUUUAAAGUAUUUAUUCACUUGCCCAUCUCUAAUUGCCCUUGAAGAUGGUGGCGAGUCAUUUUCAUGAACAAUUGCAUUUCUUGUGGUGAAGGUAUGUCAUUGGGUGAGGAAUUUGGGGGUAUAAAUCCAGUAAUGACGAAGGAAUUUUGAUGUGAUUUGGACAGAAAUUGGCAUGUUCCCAUGUAAAUGUUACCCUUGUCCUUCUAGGUAAGGAAAGUUGUGAAUUUGGGACAUAUUCUUAAAGAAGCCUCGGUGAGCUAAUGAAGUGAUUUAAUGACUAAUGGAAUUUAUGUAAUUAACAAAGCAAAAGAAACAGUAAAAAAAUAACAGGAAAGAUAAGUGUUUUUCAUAUUUGAGUUAUUUGUAUUAAAUCUGUCUUCAUAUGCCCAAA